GUCGACCACAAGGAGAGAGGCAGUGUGGAUGUGUCGUUCUGGCAUCCGACCCCCAAAAAAAAUCUUAAGGAGAAGUUAGUGAGACGAAAGGAAAACUCGGUGAAAUUGCUGGACGGAUUAAUUGAAUUUUCACUGUGAGAGUUUUCAAUUAUAUAUUUUUUUUGCUCUUCUGUCAGCGCACCAUAAAAUUCAAUUACAUUUAUAUGUUUGGAUAGAAUAUCACUUUCUGAACGGAAGUGUGUCUGCUUAAAAACCCAUUAUAAUAAAGUAAUUGCAUUAAAAGGACAUUUCCAUUGUGAGAAGAUAUAUGAACAGCAUUGAGUGAAAAAAAACUGCUGGACAGUUGAAAAAAAAGGACCAUAAUGGUUUGGCCGAUGAUGUUGUUGCUAAUAACAGUGAAAAUAAUUAUUUAGUGUUAAAAGUGAUUUUGAACAAUAUUACUAAAAAAAAGUGAAAACUACACGGUAUAAAAAAAAACUAUAAUUGAGUGAACAGAAAGGGUUGUGGCAGUUUUAUCCUUGCCCACCAAAAAAAAAUCCAUUUAAAUCCAACCGGUGUGUGGGUGGAUUGUAUACGAUUUUCUGCUGGACAGAGUGUCACCCCCAUCGUUUUAAUUUCCGCGACGUGGAAGACUCUGGAUGGCAUCGUCGGCUCUGUCAACAGUCGCGGGACCAGCGGCUGCCGCUGUGGCAGUUGCUGUACCGCCAGACAGUCAGAAGCAGCAGCAGCAGAAGGAUCAAAGUCCCAGGAAUACGGCCUCACUGUCGGCCUCGCCGACAGUGGGCGGGAAUGCCACAGCAUACGUCCAAUUGGGUGCCAUUGAGGUGUCCAAAGCACUACAGGAGGGCGAAAAGUUCAUCAAGUGGGAUGAGGAUUCUGGGUCUGGUACACCAGUCACAUUGCGGGUGGAUGCAAAGGGAUUUUAUUUGUAUUGGGUGGAUCAAAACAAUGAAAUGGAUCUUCUCGAUAUCGCGACUGUAAGAGAUGUGAGGACAGCACAAUAUGCCAAGAAGCCGAGGGAUACAAAAUUGCGCCAAAUCGUCACGAUGGGUUCACAGGAUACACUGGAGGAGAAAACAGUGUCUGUUUGCUAUGGUGCGGAUUUUGUAAACGUGACAUUUAUCAAUUUCUGCUGCACACGAAAAGAUAUUGCACAGCACUGGUCAGAGGAAUUGAUGCGAUUGGCCUUCAAUAUGACUCAACUGAAUGGAUCGGCUGUCAUGUAUCUGCAAAAGGCUCAUACCAAACUCUGUCUCCAAAUGGAUAAAUCUGGCAAGAUUCCCGUAAAGAACAUCGUGAAGUUGUUUGCUGUGAAUAAAGAUGACAGGAGACGUGUGGAAAAAGCAAUGGAUAUAUCGGGGUUCCCUUCUGGCAAGGGUGAAUCUCUCCUGCCCAAUAAAUUUCAAUUUGAAGACUUUUUCAAUCUCUACAAAAAUCUGACGCAGCGCACUGAAUUGGAGAAGAUAUUUGAAGAACUCAGUUCUGGCACGACUAAAAGGCGACUGAUGUCCACUACUCAGUUGGUUGACUUUCUCAAUAAAACUCAGCGUGAUCCACGCCUCAAUGAGAUUCUCCAUCCAUAUGCAAAUCCCGCGAGAGCCAAAGACUUGAUUGCUGAAUAUGAGCCAAAUAAAUUUAAUGCCCAGAAGGGUCUCCUGAGCUUUGAUGGUUUCCUGAGGUACUUAAUGUCUGAGGAUAAUCCAAUUAUGGCACCAACUAAAUUGGACAUUUGCGAUGAUAUGGAUCAACCUCUAUCGCACUAUUUUAUCAAUUCCUCCCAUAAUACCUAUCUCACUGGACAUCAAUUGACUGGAAAGAGUUCUGUUGAGAUCUAUCGGCAGUGUUUACUGUCUGGCUGCAGGUGUGUUGAAUUGGACUUUUGGAAUGGUAAACUCGAGGAGCCUGUUAUUGUUCAUGGAUAUACGUUUGUUCCUGAAAUUACGGCGAAAGAUGUACUGGAAGCAAUAGCUGAAAGUGCAUUUAAAACUUCAGACUAUCCUGUGAUAUUAAGUUUUGAAAAUCAUUGCAAUACUAAACAACAAGCCAAAAUAGCAAAUUACUGUCGGGAUAUCUUUGGUGAUAUGUUGCUAGAUAAAUGCCUGGAUUCUCAUCCGUUGGAGCCAAAUGUUGAACUACCUCCACCGUCGAUGCUGAAGCGUAAGAUAAUCAUAAAGAAUAAGAAGAAGCACCAUCACCAUCAUCAUCAUCAUUAUAAGAAGACCGCUGCAGCUGUAGCAGCAGCAGCGGCUGGUGCAGCUGCAAAUUCUGGUGCCACGAAUCAAAAUAAUGUCCUGUCACCAGGCAGUGCAACAGGUGGCAUCGGGAGCGAUGAGAUGCUACAGGCAGUACCGACAACUUCCACUGUACCCACCGGAAAUGGAGACUUACCCCAUCAUGCACCACCACUUCAGCAAAUACGCCAGAGUUCCAAGGAAAGCACCGGUUCUUCGGAUACAGACAGCUCUAGCGAUGAUGAAUCUAUGCCUGGAUCUACGGCAAAUGCUCCAGGUGGUGCUGAACAGAGGGAUAAAGUACAACAAGCAAAAGAGACUGAAGCUGGUGCUGAGAUAUCAGCACUCGUUAAUUAUGUUCAACCGGUGCACUUUAGCAGUUUUGAAAAUUCUGAAAAAAAAAAUCGUUACUAUGAGAUGUCAUCGUUUGAUGAGAAGCAAGCUACAACAUUACUGAAGGAGCGUCCAAUUGAGUUUGUGAACUACAACAAACACCAAUUGUCUCGGGUGUAUCCAGCUGGAACACGCUUCGAUAGUUCCAACUUCAUGCCGCAGCUUUUUUGGAAUGCCGGCUGCCAGCUGGUGGCUCUCAACUACCAAACUCUCGAUCUGGCCAUGCAGCUCAAUCAGGGCAUUUUCGAGUACAAUCACCGAUGUGGGUACCUGUUGAAGCCGGAGUUUAUGCGCAGAACAGAUAGGCGUCUCGAUCCCUUCGCCGAGAGCACUGUUGAUGGUAUCAUAGCUGGCACGGUGUCGAUAACAGUGCUGUCUGGUCAAUUUCUCAGUGACAAGAAGGUGGGAACAUACGUUGAGGUGGAUAUGUAUGGUUUACCGGCGGACACUGUGAGGAAAAAGUUUCGCACAAAAAUAGUCCGAGACAAUGGAAUUAAUCCUGUCUACGAUGAGGAGCCAUUUGUCUUCAAAAAGGUUGUUCUUCCCGAAUUGGCGUGCGUUCGGAUCACUGCAUACGAAGAGGGGGGUAAAUUUAUUGGUCAUCGUGUUCUUCCUGUCAUAGGGCUAUGUCCGGGAUUUCGUCAUUUGGCUCUUCGGACUGAAUUGGGUCAACCACUCGGCUUGGCUUCUCUAUUUCUCUGCAUUGUUGUUAAGGAUUAUGUUCCAGAUGGAUUAUCGGACUUUGCUGAGGCUCUUGCUAAUCCAAUUAAGUAUCAGAGUGAAUUGGAGAAACGCGCUGAACAGUUGGCUGUUUUGACGGAAGAUAUGGAGCCCACAGCAGAGGAUGAUGUUCCAAAUAGUUGUCCCAAGAAAGAGCUUAAAGUGUGCGAAGGUGUUUCUGGGAGUCCAAAACAUCGGAUCAGCAUUGCACCAUCUGCAUCAUUGAGUGUUGAAAUACUCGCUGAUGGGGAUUCCGAUGUCUCCUUCAAUACCUCAGCGGCAAGUGGAAGUUUACAGGUGACGAGUGCAACUGCUGUGUCCAGCACAAGUGUUUCCUCAUCUGUGAUCCAACAGACUUCGAUAGAUCAGUCAAUAUCGAGUUCCAGUAAAUCUGCUGAAGCUACAGAAGCUGAUGCAAUUGUGGCUGAACCAUUGGGAAAGAUCCUGGAACACAAAUUGAUACGGGAAAAGCGGGCUGAGAUGGAGAAAAAAUUGGAAAGUCUGCGGAAGAAGCAUGACAAGGAAAAAGUACGAGUGUCAGCACAGAAAAGCAGUGAACAGAGUGACAAAAAGUCGAAAUUCUACAUGAGCAAUAAACUCGUAAAGCGUCUGAGCAGCAAAAAUAUAAGUGAUACGAAUCUUCAGGUUCCUCCCUGUCCCAGUGAUAUUUUGGAGUCUCCAGAUGGUGAGGGUGAGGAACGUGCAGGAAUAACAAGGAGUCACUCGGAGAGAUUGCUGGCCGUUUGCCGAGAAUAUGCCACUGCCUAUAGAGAAAUUCAGGAGAAGUACCAUGAGAUAAUCUACAGUACUGCUGAGAAAGUUCUGAGAAAUUCCCAGGCAAAUCAAAUGAAACGUCUCAGGACGCUGCUGGAGAAGGAGACGAGCGAGGUGAUGCGGAAGUUGCAGAUGGAUCGACGGAAUGAGGUGAAAGCCCUGGCCCUGGUGCAUCGUGAUCGGGAUGAAUUGGUGCGAAUGAAGCGGGAGGUGGCGUCAUCGUUAGUGGGCAGGGGUGUUACUGAACGUGUACGUCUGACCCAGGCCUUUGAGAAGCGUCGUGAUGAGCUGCAGCGUCAGCAUGAUGCUGUGAGAAAUGCUCUGGCUGAGCACAGAGCCAAGGCUAAAGCCUUCCUGGAGAAGGAAUCGGAAUCUCGUUCGUGUAUCUCAUCGGAUGGAUUUUUGGUAUUGUUUAAUGCGUCUGGCGCAGAAAAUAGUCAAACAUCUUCCAAUAAUAGUGCAGGAAUGCACAUUGAAUCUCUCUAAAAAGAAAAAAAAGAAUCAUUUGUAAAAGAAAGCUGAUAAAAAGGUGAAAAACAGUAUUUAAUGGCCUAAAAAAAACACAACUCUAGAAAUGUUUAGAGGAGUAAUUUUAAAACUUAAAGAAGAAAUUGCAGAAAAAAAACUUAAUAUUAUCUGUGGUUAGAAAUUCUUUCCCAUUUGUAGGAAAUAAAAAAGAAAUAAUGAUGAAAGAAAAAAAAAACACUAAAACUGAUUAGAAUAUUUCUAAAGUAGGAUGAGAAAAGAAAAGCAACUAAAAUUAGUCAUGAAAUUUAGUGAGAUAGAUAAAUAUUAUAUAUUGAGACUUUAGGAAAACUUAGAAUAAUGUGGCUUAAAUUUUGAGAAAAGAAAAGAAAACGUUUUAGCCAAAUGUGGAAUAAUUUGGAAAAUUUGUAGAUUUCAGUCUGCAAUAUUAUUUUAUUUUCUAUGAAAAGACGUUGUGUUAUAGAUCCAUCCUCUCACGUAAGUUUUUUUUUUAGAAGAAUAGUCCUUAUACUCAGAAGAAAAAAUCUUUUAAAACGAAAUUGAUAUUAAAUUGUUAAAUGAUGAGAUAGAAAUAGAAAUGAGUAAAACUCCUACUAUUAAAUCCAAAAGAAAGAUAAAACCUUUCGUUGAAUGAUCUCAUAAAUUUUAUUUUUAAAACGAAAAAUCUUAUUUUUACUCAUAUCGUCCAUUUUUUUAAAAACUAUAUUCUAAUUUUUACAGCAACUUAUAGAGAAUUUUUUUUUAUUUUGUAUAUCUUCUUAUUGUUGAUUACUUUUUAUUAAAUAAAUUAUUCUUUGUGCCAAUAUACCAAGAAAAAAAACAAACAAUUUCACCUCCAACAUUCGGACCCCAUUACUGAACUAAUAGAAACAGUGUCAUAUUUAGAACAGAUAGAAAAAAAGAGAAAUAUUUUAUCGUGUAGAUAAAGUUAUAAAGAAAAACAACCAAUAGUAGGAAAUAAGAAAAAAAAAUUAUUGAUGAAACAAUUGAAAAAAUAUGAUGAAAAAGCAAAGCACUUUUUGAAUUGAAUGUAAAAAGAACCUCUUUAGAAUAGUGUGAUGAUAUAGAAAAAAAGAAGAAUAUAUUUCAAAACUCUAAAAACAGACUUCUACGAAAGGAAUUGUUGUAAAGACGCUUGAGAAAAAUUUUUGAUUUUAGUUUUUUUUUAAAAGCAUAAAUUUAAAAACACAAAAUAUGGUACAAAAUAGACAAAGGUGCCAUAUCAAUUCUGUUCUUCAGAAGCCAAAAAAACAAUCCUAAUCAUCAAUCAGACUUAAGAGAUAUCGAUUUUCUCCCUUUCUCUCGCAAAAAAAACAUACUUUAUUUUCCAUUCCCUCCUCGUUUGCAACCUAUCACUACCAUCCAAUGUCCUAAAACCUAAAAAAAAAAAAACAAAAUAGUUGAAACACAUUAACAUAGAACUAAUCAUAGAAAUUUUAACUGUGAUUGUACAUUAGGCAAAAGUUGACACAACAGCAUUAAACAAAUACUCAUAGUUUUAGAGAAAGUUCAAAUUUUUGGACGUGGACCAAAUAUCUCAAGUAUAAUCCCAUAUGACUUAUAAUUUGACCUACUUCUAAUUUUUCAUUGAACAUUGAGCAUUCUUAGAGAGCGAAAAUGCUUGAAGUUCGGUAGAUAAGUGCCACUUAUAGUUCACUUUGAUUGCCGAUCUAUCGAUUUUUCGCAAAAAUCGCUCCGAUUUGUCGAUCUCUGGAUAGAUCGUACCUAUAAGAGUUGAUCUCUUAAAAAAUUCUUCAGAUCUACUUUGAUCAGAGGUUACGUCAAUCGGUGGAAAUCAGGGGUGGAAUGAUAGCUUUUCGACCAGGGGCCUCUCGACAUUUCAUUUUUUCAUACGUUUUUGCAUAGAGGCACUGAAGACUAUUGGCAAGUUUUUUCCUAAAGGGAAUUGACUUAUCAGUCUGAUAUAUUUCGAAAUCGUGCAUUAAAAGCUAUCUAAAAAUACAUAUUUUAUAAUGUUCGCCAAAGUAAUACAAGAGCUACGAGCAAAUUUGUUUAAGUCGCGGUGCAAUAUUUGCAAAAUUUUUACAAGGAAAAGUGAAAAAUAGCUUCACUUUUUAUUAGGCUUGAUGGGCCCCUGUUUUCGACACUAUCGAAUCGAUAGAAUCGAUAAAUCUAUAUCUGUUAGAUCACUGAGAGAAAUCCGAAAAAGUUAAAAUAACAUUCCGGAAAUGUUAAUUUUACCCUGCAUUAUUAAUCCGAAAUCGGUGUUAAUAUUAUGCUUUUUAGGUGUAUUAGGAGUUAAAGUUACCCUUUCUCAUGUUAAUUUUACACUUAAAAUGGUAUAAAAUUAACAUUAGAAAUUUUGAUAUAUUUUUACGCCUAUAAAGUGUUAAAGUUAUGAGGAAAAAAAGUUAAUCGCACCCUCUUUUUUCUCAGUGAUUAAGUGAAUAUUGACCUUUUACGCAUUAUUGGACUACUCUAUAUUAGUUACAGGAAGUGCAGCCAUCAUUUGAAUUUUUCAGAAUCGAUAGUCGAUAGUAUCGAAAAUAAGUCAUCAUAUCACCUCUGCAAAGAUCUUAUCGAUUUGUCGAUAACUGAGAAAAUCACGCCAAUUUCAUAAUCUCUGCAAAUACCGAUGCGAUAUGUCAAUGUCUACAAACAUAUUGGGCAGAUCGGUCGACCUAAUUAAAUAAAGAUUUGUAAAUUUGUCAUUUUUGUAUAGAUCAUGCCAGUUUGUCGAUCUUUAGAAAGAUUAUGCCACUUUGUUCAUAUUUGAAAAGAUUUUGACAUCUUGCCAAUAUCUGCAAAUAUGCAGAUCCACUGCAUAGAUCGCAUAGAUCAUGCUGACUUGUCGAUCUUUGCAAAGGUUGUGCCAAUUGAUCUGUGUCGGUCCCUGGAAAUAUCACGCAGAUAGAUCUACUGAUUUUUUGCAAAAAUUAUUCCUGCAUAGAUUAUGUCGAUUUGUUGAUCUUCACAAAGAUUGUGCCGCUUUGACGGUCUAUGCAAAGAUUAUGCAGAUUUAUCGAUCUUUUGGAAAGAUUGUUCCGCUCUAUCAAUAUCUAUAAAGAUCAAUUGUAUUUUUCAUUUUUUUUGUCAGUAUACCAGAUUAACUUCAUUUAAUUAGUAUUUUUAAAUAGACUAAAUUUCUUUUUAAAACAUCAAUAUUAACGCAAAUGUGAGAUAGCGGCGCAGGCCUCACUUUCUAUUACAAAUAUUUUAUGGAGGAUCAAUGUCCCAGGAUUCAAUAUUGGAACUCCUUUGAGAAUGUUUAAAGAACGAUUUAGGACAAGUGUACCAAAUAUCGACCAGUUUGCAAUUUCGGCCACUUCUUUUGUUCCUCAAAUUUCCAUGAAUUUUUAGUUUUUGCAUUCUUCAGAGAUAUACAAUAUAAAAAAAAAUCGCUUCGACGAACGAGAUGAUGCGAAGAAGACUUUAGAAGAAUUCCGAAAGGGCAAGGAACUAUGAGAAUCAAGGUGGCGGAACUAUUACCCAAAGCCAUGUCUAUAUUUUUAUUCAUUUUAAAAUGUAUUAAGAAUGAUUUUAGAAAAAAAAACAAAGACGAUAAACAAACAAGCUUCCAAGCAACACUCCUUAAAAAGAAAUAAUAAGAAAUUGAAUUUGUAUUAAAAAUACAACAUUUCAAAUUUAAGACUUUGGAGCUUGCAUGCAACUAUGCCGAAAUUUGGUACACUUACCCUAGCUUUUGGACGACUGGCGAUAAAUCUCAAAGAGUACAUAAAAAUAAAUCAUGAGAAUUCCGAUGAUUCGGAAUGAUUUCUGGAAAAAGACAGGACGUAUCGUUAGAGCCUUUGGGAUCAAAGGAUUGUGAUACUCACGUGUCAUCUCCUGAAGGAAAAUAUUCUGCUUUUUUUUGUUGCCUAAUCAAAUGCUCACGUAACAGAUAAACAUUAAUCUGAACUCGUGGAUACAGUGCGACUCCAAUAGGUAAACUCAUAAAAAAUUGAAACAUUUACGAGUAAAUGUGUAAAAUUCCAGAGUAUUUGUCAAAAUUUCAAAGUACUUUUAUUGACUAAAGUUCUAAGACAAGUAUUAAAAAGUGGUCAUGGACUGGAAUAUCCUCAGUGUUCCUAGGUAUGAAAGAGUUUGGACAUCUUAUAUAAAUAAAAAAAUACUGAUUAACUGGGUUAACAAUUGUCAAAUUGGUCGAACAUUCUAAUACAAAAAGAUAAACUUAGUGAAAAGUAGGCUCGAAGUUCAAUGAUCCUAAUUAUUUUCUUUGCGAAAAUACUCACCUUCUUUUACUUAAUUCCCUUGAUUCCAUUAUAUUUUUUUUAUCAUCAGAAUUAUACUUAUUAAAAUAAAAAAAAAUCUUGAGAUUUGAGAUUACAAUUGAUGCAAUAAAAUAUCACUCACAAUAACAGAACAUGAAAAAUUUGAAUGCUUCAUGCUGUUUUUUGAAACCUUUUGUCAUCACAGAAGUUCUAUGUUAAUGUGUUUCCACGGUAAUACAAUAUUAUAGAAAGAAUAUUAAAUAGAAAAAAAGUAGAUGAAUAAAUUAAACCUAUCGACAAUCAGUAAUAUGAAAAAAUUACCAUUUAACUGUGUCUAAAAUAUAUUUAGAAGAAGAAGAAAAAAAUUGGAGGUAAUUUGAGUGAUUAAGGAGAAAUCUUUUUAGCAAUUUGUAAAUAAACAAAAAAUCUUGAGAAAAGACCCACGGUCGAUAAAUUAACAGAAAAGAAAAGAAAUCAGUCCAGUCUGAGGUAUAUGAUUUUCACCAACAAGUUCUGUGUGUGAAAAUGAAAUGCCUCGAGGAAGUACAUUUGAUGCAAAAUUUACGAAUGAGAAAAUAAAAAAAAAACAAAACAGAGAGAAUCAUUUCAUCAAGUUUUGGACGGAAAACCACCUUAGAUGUUUUACAGUAUAAUUAGUCAAAAAGAAAAAAAAAUGAAAAGAGAAAUAUAUUAAACACAUUUAGGUAAAAACACAUUAAUCCAUAUAUUGCAAUUCUUUCCGGGGCAAGUGAAGACAAGUAAAUUGUGAGGAAGUUUGUAUAAAAAAAAAGAAAAUGAAAAAACGAAAAGUAAAAGAAUCGUUUGGAAAAAUGCUGAGAAAAAUUAUAUAAAUUCCAUGAAUUGUAAAUAAUUUCUUAUAAGAGUUAAAAGUACACGAUAUAAGUGAUUUCUGCGAUAUUUCAUAUAGAAUUUAAUUUUUUAUUGUUAUCAUAUUUUUUUUUCUUCUGAAAAUACUUCAAUUCAGUCAUGAAUUUUAAAAUGAGCAAUCCUUAUGAUUUUUUUCAAUUCAUUUUUUUUUUAGAACCUUUCGAGGGGUGACUUUAUUAAUUUCCAGAGUGUGAAAUUCCACACAAAAUUAAUUCACGCAUUUUCAUUGCAAUUCUUACGCAAGUUUUUCAUUACCGUAUUACCUUAUCUCAUACUCGGUGGCACUAGGUGAAAAUAAUAUAAGAAAAUUGAAUAAAUAAAACGAAAAUUCGAUAAACGGUGAGCAAAAAAACUGUACGAGAAUCGUAAAUUUGCAUUUUCGUUUUAUUUCUUCAAUUUUCUUAUAUUAUUUUCACAUAGUGCCACCGAGUAUGAGAUAAGGUAAUACGGUAAUCGAGAAUUUGCGUAAGAAUUGCAAUGAAAAUGCGUAAAUUAACGAAAUACGGUGAACAUUUUACUGUCAAUGUGAUUCUGCCCAAAACCUUCACCAUUUGCUCAUGAAUAUAGUGCUAAAAAUAAUAGGUGUCGCAUAAAGCUUUUUUUUCUGAAAAUAAUGUAUGUUAUGCAUGCCCCAGAUGCUGAAGUAGGGUGAAAGGAACACCUAUUAACACUUUAAGAACUCGUGUCAGAACAUAUUGACACCCUACUCUGUACCAUUUUGAAUAAGAAAUUCGAACACUUUCCGAUAAAAGCGAAAAAAAAUAAAAUAAGAAUUUCCGAUAAAACCGGUUCCAAUUGUUUCUGAACUGGUUAUAAUCCUAUCUAUAACCGAUAACUAAUUUUUAUUCGAAAUUCAAUUACAUUGCUCCUGAGGUGCAUUUUAGGCACUGUUUUAAGUGAUUUAUAAAUCCUUUCAAAUCAGUUCUAAACCAAUAAUGAACCGGUUAUGAGCCGAUAAUUUACGUCCGAAAAUUAAUUCUAUUACUCUUAAAGGGAUCUUUUGAGUGAUUUAUGAAUCGGUUUAAAUCGGUUGACAACCGGUAAACAGUAAAUGAUGCGAAACUACUUUUGAAUCAUAUCAUCUAAGUUACGAGUUCAAGCACUUCACAAAGCAUGGGACGCUCUGCCACCCCUUUAAUCUACUACAAUCAUGAAUAGUCUUCAAAUUUUUGUAACAAAACCGAAUCAAAAAGAUCAUCUGUACCCUAUAAAAGUAAAUAGUUAAAGUGAAUUGCCACUAGCAUUAAUUUUAUAAAAUUUUACUAUGUUAAAAAAAAUCAAGAAAAAAGGCUUGCACUUGGAUAAGGGUGACUUUGCACUUUUUAAUAAAUACUAAAAAAUCAACAAUUUCUUUCUGAUAAUAAAAGAUAAUCAAGAUCUUCACAUCGAAGGGUAAAAUGCACGAGAUCUGCAAGAUGACGUGGUCGCCAUCUUGAUUUAACGUUUCUGUCCGCCAUUUUGUAUAACUGUCAUCAGCAUCAUCAACAUCAUCAUCAGCUAGAAAAUACUAAAAUUUCAGCUCAAUUGGAUGAGAUUUUUCUUUUGACAAUUACUCAAAAUGGCGGACAGAAACGUCAAAUUAAAAUGGCAACCAUACCAUCUUGUAGAUCUCGGUCAUUUUAUCUUAAGUUCCCAAAAAAUUGGAUAAUUUUUAACCAAAUACUUCAAUAAUAAAGCCUUUGAAUGACCAUUAUACGCAAUUUUAUAACAUAAAUCAUGCGUUCUUAGGAAGAUAAUAGAGAAAAAAAAGUAUUUUAUAAAAAUAAUGAACAAAAUCGAAGUGGAUUUGGGCAAUUUACUACUCUGAAACCGCUUUUGGCAUUAGACCUUCAGAUAACUUUUUCACAGAGCCGGCUUUUUUUUUAGCAAAAUACCUAUAUUUGCAUUUUAUUGAAUAUUACUGAAACUACAAGUAUCCUUUUGAGGAUCCUUCUACGUUACUUGGUACACAACAUAUCCCUAUAUACUUUGACAUGGUAAACCGGAUCGGCGAAGACUAUCAAUAAGUGCUAGAAUUAAUGAAAGUCUCACGAACAGCAGAGUGUAAAGUCACCCGUAACGACGCUAAUUAGACUUUUUGACAAAAGUGUCAAUAGGGGUUCCCUGUCGAAGUGUUCUUUCGACCCUAGAGUUGCUAGAGUUGGUUUCGAAUCCGGUGAUCUCGGAGGCUAUUAUUUUUUAAUCAAACUCGUUUGACACUCGAUUUCUCUGCCGAGUCUUGUUGGAACGUCCACUGUUUCUUAUCGAUUGCAUGCCCAUGGCUUCAGAGCUCCUUUCAGAACUAUUUUGACGAAAAAGUUUAUUAAUAAUGUAUACUUGACUUUCAUUGGUUAUGAUCAAUAUGACCUUUCGCCUAGAUAGACAUGAUCAUUUUGUUUGUUCUCAAUUGUUGAUCUCUAAUGGCCUCUAUACAUUGUGAGAAAUUUUCGACAAAAUUAAGCAUUUUGACAUACAAGGAGAGUCCUUGUUGAGUGACAUUUUCGGGUCCGAAAAAAACCGCGAAUUCACGUCUAGCGAUACAGAUCAACUGCAUAAGCGGAAGAGAUAUCUUUAUAAAUAAGUGUUGGGACAACCAUUUCCCGCCAAAAUGCAUUCUUGCAUCUGCAAGAAUUGGCCACACAAGAUCUGGUCAAAAACCACCAGAUUCUCUUUGCAACCAACUGUGGACCGAACCAGUGGCCGUAUAGAGGAUCUUGUCAAGUGAAGUGAAGUGUAGUUGUAGUUCAAGUAAUAGUCAAUAAAUAGUCAUUAUAAACCUUACCACCUCAUCAUUUAUGUUGUGCAAACCGGCGAAGCGGAUGGGAUCUUCAGUAUUCACUAAAUCCUCCGUCUUUCCCUAGGUAAGCCACAACAAUAAGUUACAGAAUCGCCGUAAUAGAGUGAUAGUAACACCUAGGGGGAGGCUACAUUGAAAACGCUAUUUUUUCGAAUAUUUCUAAAAGAUUCGGGAUUUUAUCGUAAUACAAUUUAGAUAGAUAAACCAAUCCAAAAAAUAGCGUUUCCAAUGUAGCUCCAGCUCAAUAUAGCCCCAUCUUCACUUACUAAUUUUUUUUUUUAUAUUUUAGUACUAAAUAUUCCUAAAAAAAAAUUUUAUCCUUUUAACUGAUAAAUUUCUUUUCCUAUAAUAAUUUUUUUUGUUGAAUAUUGAACGUUCAGAAAUAAAGAUCUGUUCAGAGUAUUGUACAAGCCAAUUAAUGACUUCUAAUAUUUUUAAAACUUUCGUCAAAAUAGAGUGUUUUGAAGAAAAUCGUAUGCACAAAAAUGCACAUUUUUUUUUAAAUACAAUAAAAUAGUCCAUUUUAAUAUAAAAUUUCCCAAACGAGAUAUUAGAAAAGACAAUCCUAAAUAUUUUCUAAAUUAAUGUUAUAAAUUUUUUAUUAUUUUCAAUGUAAUAACUCUAUAAGUCACCCCUUGAUUUUCUCAAUCUCCAUCAUCAGUAUUAAAUAUAGCUUCCAUCAAAUUAUUUUUUUCUUUAAAUAUAGCACAAAGAUAAAUAACUUUCCGAGAAAAGAGAAAAAAAAAUGAACCCCACUUGAGCCAAUAAAUUUUUAAGAAUAUUUGAGAGAAGUCUAGAGAAAAUUACAGGGUUCACACUUAAUAUCCUGGGAGUCUAGAUUUAGAAUUUAGGCAAGAAAAAAAAGAAGGUAAAAAUUAUGAGAAUGCAUUGAAAAAAUUUCAUGGUGGAAAGCAAAGAGUUUCAUCAACUGUCGGCCUAUGGAUUUAUUUGUUACAUUCAAUUUUUUCCGCAAUAAGGAUUAUUAAUUAGAAAAACAAAAAGAAUUAGUAUUUGCAGUAAUGUAGGAAUUCUUGUUGACUAAAUGUGCCUUGUACACACUAUUUAGAAAUUUGUGGGAGUUUUGUGCAAAAGAAAGACACUUAAAUUAAAUUAAAUGGUCUAAAAAAUAAACCAAAAUUUUUCCAGCAAAAGCCAAAAUUCACCCAAUUUUAUGCUGUUAGUUCCUUUCUCUUUGAUUUGCUGUGAAAAAGAAAACUUUUAAAGCGUUUCAAAAAAAUAAAUAAAUAAAAAUCUUGUCCAAUUUGGAAAUAGAGAAAAAUGUACUUCUUAAAAAACAAAAAGAAAUGAAAAA